AUGAUGCGUAAGAAUUCCCCAACGCCUAAUUCUAAGGCACCUAUUCUCACCCCAGUACCAGCCGAUAUGCAACUUGAGAAAAUUGUACAAGCUCCUUUGGUAAUGAUUGAUGCCGCCAUGAGGGAAUCUAGCCAAGACCUGAAUCGGUGGAUAGAUUUUCUCAAGCGAAGGGUUAAACUCGAAGAGCGCUACCAUAAAGAACUUGCAAAAAUCUCCCAGGAUGUUAUAACCGACAAAAGUAUUACUCAGACCAACCAACCAACAAAGACCAAGACCAUGUUUACACAAUUUGUCGAAAUGAGUGAAACGCUACACUCGCAUCGUACUAACUUGACUAUAUCCAUGCGCAAUCAAAUCGAUAUUCUCAGUCAACUUAGAACUCAACAAGAUCGACAGAAGAUGCAGCAUAGACGAAAUAUGUUCGGCUUGAAAGACCAGUAUUUAAAAACUAGAUUAGAGGAACUACCUCUUGCACACGACACAUACAUGCAAAAAUGCGAAGAACUCGAAAAAUCUCAAGAGACUAGCACCAACAUGACUCUAUCUCCAACCACAAUGACCCCAACUUCACCAUUAGGUCUAGGGUCCUCAUUAGCUCGACCCUCUAGGUCUGGGACGUCUAUGACACUUCCUACCUCCAUCGCUUCAGAUGACACAGAAUCUGGCUAUAGAAUGCUUAGUCUGGAUGAAGAUAGACCCUUGCCCUCAGGGUCUUCGGUGUCUUCUGCUUCAUCUAUAAGCCCACGAUUAGAUAUACCUGCUUCUCCAUCUCCUCAUCGACGUAUCGAACGAUUUAUGAAGCAAUUCUCGAAUCUUACACACCACAAUGACCUUGGUCGACAAAACGUUCGCUCUGCUAAAUUAAAAGUUGAAGUUGUUGAAGCAGAUCACGAAUAUCGAAAAAUUGUCCGUAAACUGGAUACUUUGGAUAAAACACGGGUUGCCGCAAACGAUUAUGCUGUUAAACUCUUCCGAACCCAUUCACUAGAAAGCGCCAAGCAUAUAAAAGAAAUGGUUGAUAUUGUAUUAGCGGCUCAGCUGGCGUACACAAAAUCAUCACAUCAGAUAGUACGCAACGCCCACGAAAUAGGCACAAAUAUGGAACCAGAAGAUGUAUUAAAUGAAUGCGAUAAAAUUCUAGACAUCACCAAUAUUGUGAAACCCCAGUCCGUGUAUUACAUCAACCGUCGUGUAGGUUUAUGUAAAGAUCUUAUCUUUGGUAUUUCGUUAGUCGAGUAUGCUCAGAUUAAAGGAAGAGCGCCUCCCUUGAUCGUGACAAAGUGUAUCAAUGCGGUAGAAACCCUUGGUGGUCUUGAGAGAGAAGGCAUUUAUAGAAUGUCAGGCAAGAAGAGUAAUGUGGAGUUGAUCAAACAGAGUUUUGAAAGAGACGAAGAAGCCACUGUGUUUGGCCAGGAUGAUGUGCCUGAAGAAGUGUUUAGUAUUGCAUCGGUUCUAAAGAUCUUUUUGCGUGAGCUGGAAACGCCUCUUUUCCCUUUCAAACUGGCCGACAGAAUAACCUAUUCUCAAACCGAAAAGGAAUUGCGAUUGAUGAAUCUCUUGACUCGUCUUCUGAAGCUCCCUUUUGGAAAUUACGAGACCCUGAAAGUUCUGAUAGAGCACCUGUCAAGGCUGACCAAGAGCGUGGAUAAAAACAAAAUGUCAAUUAAUAAUUUAUCCCUGAUCUUCACACCCGCCAUCUUCCAAGAUCACAAUCAGGCACAGCGUUCACCGGGAGAUUGGUUUUCGGACUGUGUAUUGGAAGAUUUAAUCCAGAACCAUGAAAGCCUCUUUGGUAACAAAGAUCUGCAUAAUGCUUCAUCAAUUACAGGAGGCAUUGAAUACGGAUUCGAGCAUAUACAUGAUCAGGAUCUGGAUUCAUGCGACUUUAGUUUACCGUCACCCUCUAGCUCUGUAUUUGAUUACUCACCUACAGAGUCUAUCAAAAGCCUUAAAAAGGUUAGCUCGACUGGAGGAGACAGUCAAACUUCAUUACACACAGACCAAACUGCCGAUGGGAUUUCAGUCACACAAUAUCCCCAGGAUCUUGAAAGUAAUCUUUUGGCAGAACAGAGUCAGAAAGUGCGGAAGGGAAGUGUCGACAGUUUUGUGUCGAAACAACUUGGUAUUUUGACUGGCCGGCCCGAGAGAUCUUCAUCCCGGCCUCCAUCUCCGGCCUCCGUCCCGGCUGCUGGUCCAACGGGUGAUAUAUCAGCUACCGUAAAUCCUGCUACACCCAUUCCUAUUCUACCACCUUCAAGACAAGGUAGUCUGGACAAACUCAAGAAAUACCGGGCUGUCUCGCAAGACAGAGGCCUCAAAGUCAACACUCGGAUCUCCAAUGGAAUCAACGUAUCAGAUGUCUCGAUUCUGAACCCAAAUAAUCAUGUAUUAUCACCCUCGCCUGUGCAAGAGAAAAACCUUCGUCCUUUGGUUACUAGAGAGUCUGGCUUGAAAAGUGCUACUAUUCCUUCAUACGACUGGUUAAAUCGUGAUCCUGAAGUAGGGCCAACACCUGUACCACGUCUAUAUCGAUCAACAACUACAGGAAAAAAGACUGGACCAAAACGGAAGCUCUCUAUUCCUGCUAACCCAAUUUCAUUUGGGAAGAGUCUAUAAAAUAUUUUCUUUUUCUGAUUUAUUUUCGUUUUCAAUGCUAUAUAUUAUUACUACUUGAUUCCCUUAACUUAACUUACCUUCUUUUAUUUUGUAUUAUUAUAAAUCUUUCGACACUACCCCCCAAAUAUCCUUUAUUUUCUCUCCAAUUUUCUUCAUAUACCUUUAAGUAUAAAUAUAAAUAUUAUAUAUAUAUAUAUAUAUAUAAAAUAAAAAGCUCGUUCUUUUUC